AUGGCGUCCAAAAUCAUGGCCGCCAUCAUCUUCAAAAUGUCCGGAACUCACGCGAAGGGAUCUACAAACAUGGCCGAUGAAGUGUUGCAUACUGAGGAUAAUCAUUGCCAACCGAUUCUUGUCAAUGGUGAAUUAAUGCCUACAGUGCCAGAGUACAUGCCCUCGCUUCCCAUCACAUUGAAGGGUAUCAAACGACAUUUCGUUUGCAAGUUAGCUGCAUCAACUACUACACAAGACACCACAACGAUGUCCACGACGGAAUCCGCCACAUCACAUCCUACGACAACUACUGCAUCAACUACUACACAAGACACCACAACGAUGUCCACGACGGAAUCCGCCACAUCACAUCCUACGACAACUACUGCAUCAACUACUACACAAGACACCACAACGAUGUCCACAACGGAAUCCGCCACGUCACAUCCUACGACAACUACUGCAUCAACUACUACACAAGACACCACAACGAUGUCAACGACGGAAUCCGCCACGUCACAUCCUACGACAACUACUGCAUCAACUACUACACAAGACACCACAACGAUGUCCACAACGGAAUCCGCUACGUCACAUCCUACGACAACUACUGCAAGGUCCACAACUUAUGAAUAUCCUAACUGGGUAACGAUCAACAUCUAA